CGAACCCGAAGUUGACGUUGAUGACGUCGACGCGUCCGUGACCCAAGCUUUACAGCUGUUGUACAACGCGCUGUGUUCGAAUCUCUACAUAACCAAGCUCCAUUUGUUCUCGAGGAUAACGUUAUCCGAAGACUACUGCCGAAUGUUCGCCGAGUACGCAACUCUGAGCUACGGACGCCUUUACGAACUGUCCCUUAAGCACGUCAAUUCUCCGGGACACUUCGCGCGGCGACUUGUGCCUCCGUUCAGGAGGAACUACAGCCUACUCCUCCUAGAAGUUCCAGGCUGCCUGAAGCCCGACCCCGACAUGUACGGCACGCAGGACGUCAUCCGUCGCAACUGUGGCAUCGUCGAAAGGGCGACCAGGUUCGUGAUGGGCGCUCACGACCGCUACGGCGCCUCCGCCCUGGAGUUCGUUUCGGAGCACCCCAAGCUGGUCGAGAACAUCCGACGCGAGGCGGCGCUGCCCGGAGAUUUCGAAGCCAGGAACAAGAUCGCAGGCGUCUUGCGGCUCUUGCGUGGCAUCCACAUUCACGAGUUCAUGAGGAUGACCGGCGUCGUUGAGCGAAAGGUCGUGUGCGACUACCGAGAGCAAGACGACGGCACGCAGUUGGACAAACUCAACUUCGCCUGCUGGACGCACAUUCGUCAGUACCUCAAGUUGACGGACGUGGUGUUAGACUGGGAUCUCGUUUGACCGGCUGUCGCGCUACGCAGAACCACGGUGCCGAAUACCACGCCGUGCCCCAUUACAGGCCACGACAUGACGCGAGGGGCCAUCCUCUAAACUUUUACGGAAGAAAUUGAUUUUGCCCGUCGGUCCAUCUUCGCAAGUGGCUUGUCUUUCCGCAUGGAAGGAGCGCAAGCUUAUCUAUCCAACGGUUUUUAUCUUCAUCGCCAUGUUUCACCCCUGCAUGCUUCAGCGGCUUCAUCGACAAAGCUUCGAAUAAGCUGCAACUCAUGCCUCAACGAACAGGUCGCAAUUUAGAAAUUUUAAUAAAAUAUCCGUUUU